ACAAAAAGAAUCCCGAAGAGGGUUCCAGCAACACAUAAUUUCGUAUACGAGUUCAAUCCAUUUGGAAAUUCCAUAUCAAUUUCUAAUAAUGCAACGACAACAAAAGGAGCACGAAAUCCAUCUAAUAUCGCACAAGAUUUAUCUAUGAAACUUAUAAAUGAUAAGCAAAGUUUCAAUAAUAUUCAGACACAGGCAGUGUUACCAAAAUUACAUCCGCGUAGCGAUACUAUACUAGGAAAUUCGGGAAAACACGAAAAUGUAACUAAUUAUGGAAAAAAUGCUAAUUUACCUACUAUAAAAAAACAAGAAAUAAAUGUUGAAGAACGAUUGAUUAAAAAUCGUAGUGCAAGACACAAACAUGUUAACGAUAUCGAUCGAGAAGUUGAAAAAGUAAAAUCAGAUUGGCGAGCAUUACGUACAGAUGGCGGAUGGACUCAAAAUAAAAAUUAUAAAAAUGUUCGAACGAGAAAAUUAUAUGAUACGUUAGAAAGAAUGACACUUGAAAUAGAUAAAAUUCAAAAACUCUAUUUGAAUCCGAAAUCAAAUCAAUAUUUGCAACGAGGCGAAAUAAAAUCAGAAUUAUCUUUUGAUGAAAAAGCGGGAAAAAUCAAACACAUGCUCUUUUCUAAAGAAAAUAAAAAAAUAGUUGAUGAUAAAAUAAACAAUAUACCGAAUGAUACUCUAAAAAAUAGUUCAUUAGAAGUAAUUUCAUCAAAAGAUGUGUGCAAUAAAAAAAUUGAAAAAAAAUCUCUUUUUUCCAAUAUACAAAUUCAAAAUACUAAAAGUGGUACAAAAUUAAAUAACAAUUUGCGGUUGAAUAAACGAAAUAUAGGCACAAAUAGUUCAAUAAAUUUAAAAAAGAUUAAUUCUGAUAUUGAACAAUAUUUGGACAAAUAUAUUAAUGACGUAGAAAAGAAUUCAGUUAGUAAAAAGGAAUUGGAAAUUAAAGACUUAGACGUUCCUACUGACGAUAUAGCAAAUAUGUUGAAAAAGCUAAAUAUAAAUUCUUUCGAUUUAUACGAUAUUGACAAUUCUGAAGAUUUCCCACAACAGAGUUUCCUACAACAAGAAAAAUUGAAAAGUAUAAAGAAAGAAAAUUCUAUACAAACAACAUUAGAUCAAAAAAUUGAAAGUACAAAAAUAAAAGAAGUAACUACAAAAAUGUUAUCACCAAAAGAAGAUAAUAAUCCUUCAACACAAUAUAAUAAUAAAAUAAAUAACGAUAGUUCAAUCCAAACUAAAAAUAUGUAUAAAGACAAUGCUUUCAUAGAAAUGGGUUUGCAUGCAUUGAAUAAUAACUAUCCUCGAAAUGCAUUAUGUCAUGUACUUCAAUCAGAAUAUUUGAAAAAAGACACAUCCUUAAAACCUAUGUAGAACUUUAAAUAUUGAAAUAUUAAAAUUGAAUUUAUGCAUACUCACAUAAAUUUAGAAACAAGAAUGAUAUUAUAAAUAGUAAAAUUAUAUGAUAAUAAAUAAAAAUAAUAAAU